AAUAAAAAAAGAAAUUGUGUAAAGGACAAUCUCAAAUAGUCCAAGAUAAGGACCGAACUCGUGUACUCAAAUUGGCCUCAUAUCGAACUCUCACUUAAAUGGAAGCCACAAAAAUUCCCAACAUUUAACUAAGUUAUGAAAAUCACUACACUAUACUCUUCAUAUUUGUUACAACGAAACCAACAUAAACUACAAGAACCAAAUAAUGGGGUGCCAAAUUCACAGUCUGAAUCCUCAACUUCUAUCCAACAAGAUCAAUAUUCAAUCAAAACAAUCGGCACGUUCUUCGUUCCGACCAAAUUCUCAACUCCUCAGAACAACCCUUCUCUCGUCUUACAACAAUCUAAACGAGCAGCAGCUAGUUUCGACAGCCACAAUCAAGCAACCGCAAAUCCCAGAAUCUGAUGUGUACAAUGUUAAGUUCCAGACUCUAGGAGCUUGUAAACUCGGUAUUUCUAGAUACCCUGAUUUUGAGUACAAUGCUAAAGGAGGUUCAGGGUCUGGGACAGCUGCUAAAAUCUUGGAUAGUGGUGAAGUUUCUGUUGAUUUUGACGUAAAACAACUAUAUAUUCCUCCGUUGUCAGCUGCCACAACUAAGUUCUUGGGGUUGCCAUUGCCACCAUUUCUGAAGAUUGAGAUUGUCCCGGAGAAUUUUCAUGGAAAAAUCAACCAAGAAUCUGGCAAGGUUGACCUCAAGUUCAGGGCGAAAUUCUGCUUUUCAGUGGGGAGCGUGUACAAAGCUCCUGCUCUACUAGUAGAGACAGUAUUGACAUCCGAAGAAUCAAAGGGAAAGAUGAGAGGAGGAAGAGGCGACCGACUUGAUAAAGACGGUGUUUGCAGGCUGGUUGGAGUGGCAACAGUUGAGCCAAUUGAUGACUUCUUCAUGGAUACAUUCCUCAGCCUUCCUACUGAGUGCCUUGCAAAUCUCAAUGCCAUAAUCUCAUUUUCAAGCACUGUAUAGAUACUUUAGAACCACUGAAUUCUCCAAAUUUAGAUACAAUUGAGUUUGUCUCCUUUUGACUCAGAAGGGAGAGAGCAUCUGAAUGUAGAAGAUAUAUAUCAAUAAAUACUCAUGUACCAAUAUUCAUGAAAUGAUACAAAGAUUUGGAAUA